UUUAUAUGUGAUAUUUUGUGUAUGUGUGAUAGUUGAAUGUGUUUUGUUAUCAUCGUAUUUUGUUGUUUUCGUAGCUCGGCUGCCCGUUAUUAUAUCUGAUUGUGUGGUACAGCGCACCACGUGAUGUCGUCGCUGAGAGUUUAAAAUCAGCGACGGCAGAAGCAGUGGACUACGUGGACCCGGGCUUUGGUGAUUGUAUUCUACAUCAAAUUGCAAAACUCGGCUAUGCACAGGAAAUGAGAGAAUCUCUGAUGAUUUCUGCACGCAAUGUCAAUUUGCAAGACGAGGAUAAAGAGACUCCACUUCACAUCCUGUUAGAAGCCAAACAUAAAUUCAGAGAUCACCUAGAUAUUGCAAGACUUCUUUUGGAUGCCGGGGCUGAUGUAAAUAUAAAGAAUGAGCACAAUCAGACGCCAUGUGACCUCUAUAUAGAGAAUAAAUGUGAGGAGUAUGGUUUUAGAAACAGAAAAAAACACAAGAACGAAGUCUUGCAACUUCUGCAAGACUUUAGAGUUCCAGAGGUAAUUUUAGCCAGAGGCAGUGAGGCUCUGAAGGUUUUUAAUGAGGAAUUACAAGAAGGAAGUAUCACAGUAAACCAUGCACGAUUAAUGGUGACAGGCAAAGAGGGGGUGGGCAAGACUUGUUUGGUAAACACUCUGCUUGAAAGAACAUUUAAUGAAGAAGAACCAUCGACUGAUGGAAUAGUGUUGACCACUGCUUUUCAAACUACUGAUAUAAGUAGUGUGUGGAAAGAGGCAGAGGACAUGGACGAAUGUGAUCGGAUCAAAGAUAUAUUUGAUAAUGCAUUAGAAAGUAAAGUUGCCGAGAAACUGAAACAAAAAGGAAGCCAAGUAGAGGCAGCUGAACCAGUACAGGCAUCAGCAGGAAAGUCAACACCUGUACCUCCACUUGUACACGCCCCUAAAAAAUCAAAUGUCUUUGUACGUGUAUUUCAGCGGUUAACUAAAAAAGAUGGUCGCAGGAAACCAGUUACCUCCUCUACACCUGUAUUACCAUCUGUGCCUGUUCCAGUUGAGGUCAAUGACCCAAGCCAAGCACUGCCAUCAGAAAGGCAAAAAAGAAUAAUUGACAGAAUGUUUGGAAAGGCCUCCGCAUCAACUAGUAAUGAGGACAUGACUUACAUUUGGGACUUUGCUGGCCAGCAGCUCUACUAUAUUACACAUCGAAUAUUCCUAACAAGUGAAGCGGUGUAUUUGAUUUUGUUCAAUUUGAUGGAAGGUAUGCACGACAAGGGGAAGUGUAGAGUCUCUAGAAUGGAAAAACAAAAUGUGAUGACAUAUGAUAUGACAAAUGUACAGAUUAUCAAAUACUGGAUGAGGUUGAUAUAUACUUAUGCUGUCCCUGUUGAGUCACCAGCUCAGGCUACACUGCAAGCCAAGAAACCCCAAAUUGUGGUGGUUGGUACUCAUGGCGAGAGCCUACAGGGUACCGCUGAAGACAAGAAGAAGAAGAUUGAAGAACAGUUUGGUAUAAUAUUUGAAGAAAUCGAAGGUACUCCAUAUGGAUGUCAUGUGGUGAGGAAAAUGUACGCCAUCGACAACAAGUUUCCAACGCAAAGCGAGAUGCUGACAACACUUAAACAAGAUGUUGGUGAAUUUCUGAAUGCAAUGCCCAAAACCAUCCCGCUCAAAUGGCUUGAAUUCCAGCGUAUUUUGCAGGAGAAUGGUAGGACAGCAGUGCGAAUGAGUUAUUCUAAGGUAUGUAAUCAUUGCCUAAAAUGUUAA